AUGUCUCAUGUGGUUCAAAUAGGUAGUAGUGUUGUGCAAUCAAAUGAUCAAGAAGAUAAAACACCACAUUUUUGCACUCAAGUUAGUAUAGAAAAUGCUAACCAUGUUGAAGAAGUUGCAUCUGCACCAGUUGUGAAUACGUCUAAACAAAGGUUCCAACAAAAAGAGGAUGAAAUUCUUAUUCAGUCAUGGCUCAACGUUUCAAAGGAUUCAAUUGUUGGGGUUGAUAAAAAAGGAGAUAGUUUUUGGAAGAGAACUUGA